CUGUCCGGGGGACAUGCCGGGCACGGCCGGAGCCGCUGCCGCUGGGGAUGCCCAGACCCCCGAGCGCUCCUCGCCCUGCAGUCCGAGCUACGAUCUCACGGGCAAGGUGAUGCUACUGGGAGACUCGGGAGUCGGCAAAACCUGUUUCCUGAUCCAAUUUAAAGAUGGGGCCUUCCUGUCCGGGACCUUCAUAGCCACGGUCGGCAUAGACUUCAGGAACAAGGUGGUGACCGUGGAUGGUGCCAGGGUGAAGCUGCAGAUCUGGGACACUGCAGGACAGGAGCGCUUCCGCAGCGUGACGCACGCUUACUACCGAGAUGCCCAGGCCUUGCUUCUGCUGUAUGACAUCACCAACAGAUCUUCCUUUGACAACAUCAGGGCCUGGCUCACAGAGAUUCAUGAGUACGCCCAAAGAGAUGUGGUGAUCAUGUUGCUAGGCAACAAGGCUGAUGUGAGCAGUGAAAGGGUGAUUCGCUCAGAGGAUGGAGAGACACUAGCCAGGGAGUACGGAGUUCCCUUCAUGGAGACCAGCGCCAAGACCGGCAUGAAUGUGGAGUUGGCCUUUCUGGCCAUUGCCAAGGAGCUGAAAUACCGCUCAGGGUGUCAGGGGGCUGAGCCCAGCUUCCAGAUCCGAGACUAUGUGGAAUCCCAGAAGAAGCGUCCCAGCUGCUGCUCCUUAGUGUGAAUUCCCAGGGACCGAGGGGAGGUCCCAGGGGCCCUCAGGGAUGCAGCUGCCCCCCCCUUACUGUCUGAUUCUGAGCUGCUGAGGUGAUGGGGGGAACAUUGGGGACCUAGUGCAUAGCCCCUGCCCUGUGGUUCCCACAAUUUCCCACCAUCAUGGGAAGGGUAAAACGCCUGUAUUUUCACUUGAUACAUAACUUAUUACCAAAAAAGGCACCAGUGUGCCCAGAAAACCAAGAUAAGUAGAGACCUAGUGGCCCUUUUGCCUUCUGGAGCCAGGUUCUAAAAGGCUGGGCCUCGCUCCGUCCAGCCCAUUACUAGGGGAUGCCGAUGAACUUCUGAGGUGGGGGCUGGUCGUGACGCCAUCAUCACCUUUGCUUCAGCUGGGGAGGAUGAGUGGACCCUAGCCUUCCCUUCCCCCGAGGGGCAGCUGAGAACUAGCCACAAAGCCACAGGGAGGAUAAGUGUGGAAACUGGAAGGGGUCUGUUCCGCUACCGAGGGCGCUCCUAACCCUCCCGGAGACGCAUCUGAUCUUCUCUAGCACACAAGCAAGCACACAGAGCACCUGAAACAUUGGUUCUUCUUCUCUGACCUCAGCUCCCAGGGGAGCCCCCUCCCCUUGAGCCCCUGUCUCAUCUGCAUCUCUGCCUGGCUCCUAAAACACCCCAGGUCAGGGCCAGGAAAAGAUGUGCUUCUUUCCCGUUCCUGUGGCAGGUGUCCUGUGUCACGGCCACUUCAAGCAGCUGUGGCGCUCUGCUGCACUGAGUUAAGAGCCAGAUAAAGAGAACUCCCUGGUUCCUGGAGCAGACAGGAGGCAGAACUAAGUGGUCCCCUUCCCCUCCACGCAUCUUCCUCAGCCCAGGCUCCCCCUCCUCUCCGCCCUUUUCUUUAAAGUCUCUGGCCCACACCAGGGCCAAAGUUACCUGUAUCACCCUUCCUACUGUGUCAGGGUAGGAAGUUAUCCACUUCUGGGUGAAACAAUGUAACACGUGCAGAAGAAGGUCCUGCAAGAUGAGCCCGAGGUGUGGAGAGGGGCCACUAGUCACGCCCAUCCAAGUGGACUGGAGACGUGCAGGACUCAACCUCGGAGCGCUUUGACUGCAGCCUCUGGCGGGAUGGGUGGAGGAGGAGGUGAGAAGAAAGUAUGCGCGGCGCAUUUCUCUGCCCUUGCUUUCAAGGCAGAAAUCUUGCUCUCUGGGCAGUCAGCAUUCCUACUUGGGUUGAUAAGGGAGGCUCUCCGUGACCUCUGCAGGCAGAGCAGGGAGGAGCCUGAGCUUGCUAGGUGGGUCUCCCCUGGGGCCCAUGGCAGGCUGCAGGACUUCUAGUCACACAGACCGCUCUGGGCCUCCUACAUUUGUGUUUUUUCAGAAUUAAACUGGGGUAGUUUGGAAGGUG